UGGAAAUAUGUCGAGUCUCACGCCGAGGCAUCAACUCUCUUCACUUUUUAUUUGUUUCCUAUAAACUACACAGCAUACGGCGCAUUCGUUGGAUUGUCUGCUUGCUUGUCUGCUUUCCCAUUACAUUACCAAAUACAUUAUUUCGUUAUAGCCUGAUUCACAUAAACCGAUUCCCAACACAGCGUCUUGAAUGUCAUCGACACGUUAGAAUUCGCCUACCUUUUCCGCAAACCCGAAUCAAAACUUCCUUUCACCAUGGCAGAACAGGAACCCAAAAUAAUCCCACCAUUCGAUCCCGGCGCCUCUCCCUCCGCUACCGAUCCUUGUCCCUUCUGCUCCAUAUCUUCCAGCUAUUCUCCUUUCCCUCCCGAUCAACCUCCCCCCGCAGACUCCCCUUCUAUCGACCCUUUUCAACUCGCGCCCCCGGCCUUCGUCGUCCUUUCGACGCCUACGCUCGUCGCUUUCCUCGAUAUAUUACCCCUGUCUAGGGGCCAUCUCCUAUUAUGCCCUCGCGCCCACCGCUUCAAGUUAACCGAUGUCACGUCUCGCGAAGCCGCCGAGCUAGGCGUUUACCUGCGCGUACUAUCUGCGGCUCUCGUGCGCGCCACGGGGGUCAAGGACUGGAACGUUGUCCAAAAUAACGGUGCGGCAGCCGCGCAGGUGGUUAAUCAUGUGCACUACCAUCUCAUCCCACGGCCCGAGAUACGUGCUAGUGGGAGGUUUAGGGAAAGCUUUACCAUGUUUGGCCGCGGAGUGCGCGAGGAAUUAGACGAUGACGAAGCGGUAGCGUUAGCAGAACAAGUGAGAAGGAGCGUAGCUUUGGUUCUAGAAGAGGAGGCUAGGAAGGGGAAGUUAUGAAUACGGCUACGACUCUAUUACGUUCAAAUCACGAUCAAAUCGCAUUAAGACGAUGGUGUUACGAUUUUACUUAUUAGAGAUCUAUCUGUCUAAAUGCGCCAGGCUUCUAACCCAAGUCGUCUCUA